AUGACCUCUCCAUCGAACCACCUCUCUCAAACAUCUGCCGACGCGCUCCCCACAAGGUCUCCGCCCUCGCCUCCCACGCCCACUACGCCCUGGGGCGGCUCCGCGUUCCGGGCCGAGCGCGCGCUCAACGAGCUCGCCCACGUCGCAGCCGAGACCGUUUCGCGCCGUGCCACGGAGGCUGAGGGGGUUUGGCGCGAUAGGAAGAUCAUCGGCAGCCGUGCUGGAAGGGCGAUGUUGAGGCCGAGGCAUUUUGCACCGGCCACAAGCAGGCCUGCUGAACGCGCUCGGCUGAUCCAGCGCAUUGAAGGCUUCUCGCGGUCUGAAGGCCACGAAGACUGCUGCUCGCGACCUGCUCGUGGCCGUUGCCUAGAGACUCCCAUUGAUUCCUCUUCUCGUAACAGGCUACUUGCCGCCGAUGAGACUCAGGAUAUCGUCUUUUGUUUCAAAAUGGUAUAG